GGCCUGUGGAGGCCACGCCUCUUCCGUCGCGCUGCACUGAGGCUCCCGCGUGUUAACCAAAGUGUUUGUGCUUCUUUUUCCUCUCUGGGACCUGACUGUARGACAGGCGCGAUGGCGGCAGAGAUGGCGGCAGAGAUGUUGCCGAGUGCGAGGUGGCUGUACUGUGGGGAGCCGGACGAGAGUCAGAGAGCUGUACUGGUCCAGUUCUCCAACGGGAAGCUGCAGAAUCCAGGCAACAUACGCUUUACCCUGUACAACAGCAACGACUCCACAAAUCCCAGGAAGCGGAAACAGCGAAUUCUAGCAGCUGAAACAGACAGACUUUCCUAUGUUGGAAACAAUUUUGGGACUGGAGCCCUUAAAUGCAACACUCUGUGCAGGCACUUUGUGGGAAUUUUGAAUAAGACCUCUGGUCAGAUGGAAGUAUAUGAUGCUGAAUUGUUCAACAUGCAGCCACUGUUUUCAGAUGAGUCGGCCGAGAGUCAACUCACUCURGAGAGCCAGACCAAAACUUUCAGAGAUAAGAUGGAUUCUUGUAUUGAAGCCUUUGGUACCACCAAACAGAAACGAGCUCUGAACUCCAGGAGAAUGAACAAAGUUGGCAGUGAAUCAUUGAAUCUUGCAGUAUCUAAAGCUGCAGAGAAUAUCAUUGAUAAAAAGGGUGUGGAAGCUCUGGUCAGUGAUGCCAUCCAGGAUGACUCGCAAGACGACUCCCUCUACCUUCCUCCUUGCUAUGCUGAUGCAGCCAAACCUGAAGAUGUGUAUAAAUUUGAGGACAUUCUUUCUUCUGCAGAGUAUGAAGCUCUUAAGAGCCCAUCUGAAGCUUUCAGUAAGAUCACAUCAAAAGAAAUACUGAAGAUAAUUGAAGAGAACAGCCACUGCUCCACUGUUAUAGAAGCAUUGAAGUCUUUGCCAUCAAAUGAAGAGAACCGAGAUCACCAGGCCCGAUGUAUAUGGUUUMUAGACACCCUCAUCAAAUUUAGAGCCCAGAAAGUGAUAAAGCGGAAAAAUGCCCUAGGACCUGGAAUUCCCCACAUCAUCAAUACCAAACUGCUGAAGCACUUUACCUGCUUGACUUACAACAAUGGCAGUUUACGGAACUUCAUUUCAAAUUCUAUGAAGGCGAAGAUCACUGCAUAUGUGAUCAUACUUGCUUUGCACAUAAAUGACUUCCAGAUUGACCUGACACUGUUACAGAGAGACUUGAAACUCAGUGAAAAAAGGAUGAUUGAGAUAGCAAAAGCUAUGAGGUUGAAGAUCUCUAAAAGAAAGGUGUCUCUGGCAGCUGACCAGGAAGAGGAUCACAAGCUGGGCACUCUGUCCAUCCCACUGCCCCAGGUCUCGGACUACCAGUCAAAACGGAGGAGGAUUACCUAGAUGUGUGCCUUCUAGACAGCAUUUUUGGCCACAUCAUAGCCACUGCUUCUGUUCACUUCCAGUUUUAUUUUUAGGAAGAGGAAAAAAGAAGCCUUGUUUUGGCUUGGGAUGAAGCCAGCAUCCUGGUCAUGCCUGGCUUAAGCAGAAAUAUAAAGUGGUGGCUAGAUUGGACUCAAAUUCCCUCUGGUGUUGCUGUGAUGGUGUGUUUCUCAUGUUGGUUCACCUUUGUGGGGAUUUGAAGGGUGGCAUCUAGAAAGUUGGAAUCAAAAGAUUUUAUCAGGCUAAACCCUGAACCAAAUCUAAUGGAUGGAGGUUGAUAAAAGAAUCUGGAAGGGCCAGAGGAGGAGGUGAAGAGGGGGAUCCAGCACAGCGGUGACUGAAGUAGAGGCUUCCAGCUUUAUCCAGAGAGAACUGUGAGUUGCUAGUGUGGUUGGGUUGCCAGACAGGCUGAUUAGGUGGAGCCUAAUCAAGAAGUGAUAACCC